AUGAAGGGCGAGAAGAAGUAUUCGGGCGAGUUCGUUCGCGACUCGUAUCCAAACGACGAUGUUCAACAUGGGGUUGUAACCGACAACUCCGACGAUUUACAGCGUCAUCUAGGAAAUCGCCAGAUUCAACUGAUUGCUAUUGGCGGUUCCAUCGGUACAGCCUUGUUUGUGAGUAUUGGGGGUGCUCUAAACAAAGGUGGUCCUUUAGGUUUACUGCUCGCCUACUCUGGUUAUUGUGUCAUAAUUGCCUUAGUUAACAACGCCAUGGCUGAGAUGGCUUCCUACAUGCCAGUCUCUGGUGGCUUUAUCCGCAUGGCAGGCCAUUGGGUUGAUGAAGCUCUUGGUUUCACAGCGGGAUGGAACUUCUUCUUUUACGAAGCCUUGCUUAUCCCGUUUGAGAUUACGGCCCUCAAUAUCGUUCUGAAAUUUUGGAGAGAUGAUAUCCCUGUUGCGGCUGUUUGCGCGGCUGUCAUUGUGCUCUAUGCUGCCUGCAAUGUCCUCGCGGUCAAAGCAUAUGGCGAAGCCGAGUUCUGGCUAUCCGGUGGGAAGGUCAUCUUGAUCCUCAUCCUCUAUUGCUUCACCUUCAUUACAAUGGUUGGGGGCAACCCGCAAAAGGACGCAUAUGGCUUCCGUCAUUGGCGUGACCCGGGACCCCUGGGCUCGCUGUACACCGACGGCGGUCUAGGACACUUCGAAGGAUUUCUCGGCGCUCUAUGGGCUGCCUCGUUCUGUAUCGUUGGCCCUGAGUACAUUUCCAUGGUUUCUGGUGAAGCGAAACGCCCUCGCAUCUACAUCAAGAACGCCUUCAAGACUGUGUACUUCCGAUUUGGUGCGUUCUUCAUCCUCGGGGCGUUGUGUGUCGGUAUCGUGUUGGGUUACAACGACCCUGAGCUCGAGAGUGUUUUGAAUGCAGGAGAGAGCAGUGCUGCCGCCUCCCCCUACGUCAUCGCCAUGAAAAAUCUUGGAAUUGGCGGCCUUCCCCACCUUGUCAACGCUCUCCUCAUCACGAGUAUCUUCUCGGCCGGCAACACAUAUACAUACUGUGCUACUCGAAGUUUGUAUUCGCUCGCCAUCGAAGGCCGUGCGCCGAAGCUCCUACGCAAGUGUACCAAAAAUGGAGUCCCGAUCUACUGUUUCCUGGUCACUAUGAUAUUCCCCUUCCUUUCAUUCCUGCAACUGUCGGACAGCGCUGCAAAGGUUUUGAAUUGGUUGAUAAACAUCAUCACAGCAGGAGGCCUCAUCAACUACAUUAUCAUGUGUAUCACCUAUCUCUCCUUUUACAAGGCCUGCAAGGUCCAAGGCCUUGAUCGCAAAACUCUUCCCUACCGCGGUUGGUUCCAGCCUUGGGGCACUUGGGUUGCGCUUAUCUUCGAAAUCGUCGUUGUCUUUGUCUAUGGCUACUCUACGUUCCUACCGGGCAACUUCACUCUGGAUAGCUUCUUCACCUACUAUACCAUGGUUGGUGUAGCCCCCAUUCUAUUUGUCUUCUGGAAGGUUUUCAAGAAGACAAAAUGGGUUUCUGCUCACAAGGUUGACCUUACCUGGGACGCUCCUCUUAUCGAUGCCUAUGAGGCCUCUUUCAUAACACCACCUGUUGGUUUCUGGACCGAGGUUAUCCAACUGGUUGGAAUAAAACGCAACGUCGCCAUUGAUCAAAGAGCUGUAUGA